AUGAAGAAGGCAAAAAUAAAAAAAAGAUUCAAGCAUACGGAAACGCUUGAAGAAAAUUUAAAAAAUAGUGUAGUAACGAAAAAUAAAAUUUUAAAAAAAAAAAGGAAGGGUAAUAAAAUAAAUGAAAUAAAAACAAAAAAAAAAAGAAAAGACGAUGUUCAGAAAAUUUUGAAUUUAGUGAAUAAACAAAAUGAGGAGGAUUAUUAUUCAGACGAGGGAGAUAGUCUAAAUGGUGAUGAUGCUAAUUCACAGCAGGUGGAUAAGUUCCUACUGUUUGAUGAUGACAUCGAGGAGGAAGAUAUAUCAAAUUUUGAAAAUUUAAUGGAUAACAAAAAUAUACCUAGCACAAACACUUUUUAUGAUCAUCACGAGCAGAUUGAUGAAUCGAGUAAUAUAUUAAAAGAUUUGGAAGUAAACAUAAAUCACCACGCAUUUGAAAAAAAUAAUCAAUUGGAUAAGGGGAAGGAUACCACUACUCAGACAAAUGAAGAGGAAAAGCUAAAUGCACUAGUCCAAAAAUGCUAUGAAACAAUAGGGGAAGAAUUGGCCCAUUAUAAAAAGGGGAAGUUACAUAGAGCAUUAACCGUUUUGGUUAAAUCACCAAGAUGGUUCGAUUUGCUUUUAUUAACCAAGCCCAAAAGGUGGACCACCCAAGCAACUUUUGAAGUAACGAAACUUUUUUCUUCAGGAUUGAAGGAAAAGGAAGUUUGUGUAUACUAUGAAUUUAUUUUGUUACCAAUCAUAUUAGAAAAUAUCGAGAAAAACAAAAAACUAGAAUCGUUUCUUUAUAAAACGUUAAUAAAAUCCUUAUACAAAUCCAAAGCUUGGCUAAAAGGAAUACUGUACCCCCUAUUACGUCGUGAAUGCACCAAAAAGGAAUUAGUUAUAUUCGGAAGUGUUAUUCAGAAAAUGAGCAUAUCAAUAAAUGUAGUGACUCAUUGUUUGAAUGAAAUUUUUACGUUUCCAUGGAAUUCUAAUGUUUCCCAUUUUUUAUGCCUUUUUUUUAACAAAAAGUAUGGUUUUUCGAAAGAAUUUAUUGAAAAGUGUGUUGACUAUUUUGUCACAUUCAUAAAUUAUUCCGAAAUUUUAACCGUAAAUUGGCAUACUUCAUUGCUAUUACUUGUUCAGAAUUAUAGAGGUCUGAUAGAUGAUGAGCAAAUUGAGAAACUACGAUGCCUGGUUAUAAAAAAAAAUCAUCCCAAGAUUUCGAACGAAAUAUUGAAGAACAUGUAUUCUUCCACUUCUCUUAUUAAAAGUAAGAAUUGA